AAAUUCCCUAAAAAUGAAAGGCAAAAAAUUGGUGUCAACGUGAGAAACACUAAGAAAGAAGAGUAUGAACAAGUAAGCAAUGGACGUGCGUUCAUGUUUGUUUUGGUCUGCGCCUCCCUUCGCAUUCUAAUUAUUUUAGUUAGUUUUACUUUCGAAUGUCUUUAUAUUUUUUCUCAUUAUUUUUUUUGUUUUGGUCAAAUUUAUAACAAAAGGUGUUAAGUUGAUAACAUAUCACUUCAUUUAUUAAUCACUGGCAGAAUAAGGCCAUCUGCAGUGGCAUAACUUGGGUCAUGUUCUUCACAUUAUUAAAAUUGGGAAAUAAUGAAUAGUGGGCUUGGAUCAGAGAGAAUCGAUCUUGCCCAAGAUGUGUUUUAACCCUUGUUCUUCGGUGUACGUGGCACUUUUCUAGUGGUUCCGAAUUUUAGCACACGUGGGCUGUGGACAAAUUCAUCAAUGCCUCCAAAUGAGAAAACAUUUGUUCUACCGAAAGAAUCAAGUCAAUAUGUAUUAGUCUCUAAAUUAAAGAAAACAAAAAUCUCUUAACAUUCGUUUUUUUGUUACAUAUGCUUUCUGAUUUUUUCUUUUCAAAAUUGUACCCUCCAAAUUUUUUAUCUGUCCCCAUAAGUACAUGACAAGAUCAC